CUCUCUCUAAAACACACUCACUAUUCUCCUUUCUCUCUCUCUAUAUAUAUCGCCUCAUUCAUCUGUAAUUAAAUCUCUCUCUCUCUCUCUCUCUCUCUCUCUCUCUCUCUCUAUAUAUAUAUAUAUAUCUGAGGAAGGAAACAUGGGCUUCCCAGUUGGCUACACAGACUUCUUCCUCCCAAAACUGCUCGUCUACACACUCACCUUUCUGGGUUUCAUCAGAAAACUCCUUUCCAACCUCUUUGCUACUUUUGGUCUCGGCGAUUUCCUGGAACCCGAAGUUUCGUUCCAGACCGGACCCGAAUGUUUAUCGGAACUCCACUCUGUCUCUGCAGUUCUGAUCCGGGAACUCUUACCCGUCGUCAAGUUCUCCGACCUAAUCGAACCGCCGGAGAGCUGUGCGGUGUGCUUGUACGAAUUCGAUUCCGGUGAUGAGAUCCGACUGCUGACGAAUUGCCGGCAUAUAUUUCACCGGAGCUGCGUGGACCGUUGGAUGGACCACGAUCAGAAGACGUGUCCACUUUGUAGGACGCCGUUUAUCCCCAAAGAUAUGCAACAGGCUUUCAACGAGAGGCUUUGGGCUGCUUUUGGGAUCUCUGAUUUCUACGGCGAGUACCCACCCAUUACUGGUCUAUAGUACAUUUCUUUUUCCUGUCUUUUUUUUUUCUUUUUUUUAUUUUCUAAGUGGUAAAUGGGCUUAGUUUUUUUUAUAAAAAAUAAUAAUUUAGGAGGUGGGUAGUUUUUUUUUCUUUGAACUGG